AUGUCUAACUUGCGUGGGCACAAGAGCCGUUUAACAUCAGCGGUCGGUACUCUUUCAAAGACAAUUUCCUCUGUCGAUUUAACUUAUUUAACUUCCUUAGAUACUUCAACGGCACCAGAGAUCCAGCUCCGAGAGAUCAUCCGUCGCAGAGCAACAAUUACUGGCAAAAAGUUUGCCAUCCAACGUGCGUUGGAAGUCGUGAAAGAGCGCUACAAUGCUCUCAUGCUUUUUGUGCAAAGUCGGGAAGAUAGCUCUUCGCUAAGCGAAGAAAUCGAUCAGUUUUGGAGCCAACUUUAUGGCGAAAAGUUUGAGCAAGACGCGACAGAAACAAUACUGGCGCUCGACACCCAACUCACCAUAGACGAACUUAUAGGUUUGUUGCGACUAGUCUUGAACGUCGACUCCAUGUCUAACUUGCGUGGGCACAAGAGCCGUUUAACAUCAGCGGUCGGUACUCUUUCAAAGACAAUUUCCUCUGUCGAUUUAACUUAUUUAACUUCCUUAGAUACUUCAACGGCACCAGAGAUCCAGCUCCGAGAGAUCAUCCGUCGCAGAGCAACAAUUACUGGCAAAAAGUUUGCCAUCCAACGUGCGUUGGAAGUCGUGAAAGAGCGCUACAAUGCUCUCAUGCUUUUUGUGCAAAGUCGGGAAGAUAGCUCUUCGCUAAGCGAAGAAAUCGAUCAGUUUUGGAGCCAACUUUAUGGCGAAAAGUUUGAGCAAGACGCGACAGAAACAAUACUGGCGCUCGACACCCAACUCACCAUAGACGAAGCACAAAUAUCACGCACGCCGCAGCAACUCUUGCUAUUUCAGAUUCUCCUGGUCGCCUCAAUUCGUCUAGCGACCCCCCGUCGGAAUCUAACAGGGAAAAUCCGCAUCAGCUAUCGUUUAACUACUCCACCCCUCAUCAGUCGGUUUCCCCUCGUGCAGCCUAUUCAACUCCGCAGGUUGGAAUUGCCGACGUUUGAUGGAGACGUCACACAGUUUCAUGAUUUUUGGUGCCGCUUUAAAGCUGCAGUGCAUGACAAUGACUCGCUCUCUCUUGCAACCAAGUUUAUUUACUUGACCAACUCUCUCAGAGGACCUGCUGCGCUCAUCAUACAAGGGUAUGACCCUUCAAAGUCGGAAAACUAUCACCUUGCGGUUCAAACUCUCAAAAAACGUUAUGAUCGCCCGCAGUUUACUCAUAAUCUAUUUCAUCACAAAUUAGAACAACUUCCUACUUCUUCAAUUUCAGCUUCUUCACAGCGAGACACCCUUUCGCACAUCCAAUCUUAUGUUUUACAACUUAAUCGCUUUGAGGAUACAACAACGUCAUUGUCUCUCAUGAAACUCAUCAGGAAGAAAUUUCCACGUGACACGCAAAUGGAGGUUAAUAAACUUGAGCACAGAUCAGGCAAGAUUUGGACGCUCCCAGAGCUUCUGGAUGGCUUCAAUGAAGUCAUCGAGGAACUUGAACAGCUGGAAGAUCAUCAGCAUCCCAUAAUCAAUCCUAAGACAAGAAAACAACACCCUGUCGUUAUUCUGCUAGACACUGGAGCACAAACCAGCUUUAUCAGUAAAGCAGCAGUCGAAGAACAUCAGCUUGACGUGUUUGAGCAAGAUCUACUUACCACAUAUUCGUUUGGAGCUGUGAGCACAACAGAACACUCUGGCAAGUCCUACAUCACUUUAAUUGAUCGACACAAUCAGCCGAUAUCGCUUGUGCUGCACACCAAAGAUAGGCUUACUAUUCCAUCUCCACCGACUCGUUUAACGGAAGAAGAUCGAGAAAUCCUUCGUUUACUCAAUGUGUCGCUGCAUUCGCUUACAGCC